CUAGUCAGUUCGCUCCUUCCCUCCCUCCCCCGGCGCGCUCCGGCCGCCGCAGCGCUCCCCGCCCUCGAGCCGCGGUGCCGGAGUCGCCCGGCGCCCGAAGAAGAGGUGGAGGGAGCCGGAGAGGCCCGCCGAGGCGGCGGCGGCGGCGGCAAGAUGGCGGACUUCCUGCCGUCGCGGUCCGUGCUGUCCGUGUGCUUCCCCGGCUGCGUGCUGACGAGCGGCGAGGCCGAGCAGCAGCGCAAGUCCAAGGAGAUCGACAAAUGCCUGUCCCGGGAGAAGACCUACGUGAAGCGGCUGGUGAAGAUCCUGCUGCUGGGCGCGGGCGAGAGCGGCAAGUCCACCUUCCUGAAGCAGAUGCGGAUCAUCCACGGGCAGGACUUCGACCAGCGCGCGCGCGAGGAGUUCCGCCCCACCAUCUACAGCAACGUGAUCAAAGGUAUGAGGGUGCUGGUAGAUGCUCGAGAGAAGCUUCAUAUUCCUUGGGGAGAUAACUCAAACCAACUCAAUGGAGACAAGAUGAUGUCAUUUGACACCCGUUCCCCCUUGGUGGCCCAGGGACUGGUGGAAACUCGAAUUUUUUUACAAUAUCUUCCUGCUAUAAGAGCAUUAUGGGCAGACAGCGGCAUACAGAACGCCUAUGACCGACGUCGAGAAUUUCAACUGGGUGAAUCUGUAAAAUAUUUCCUGGAUAACUUGGAUAAACUUGGAGAACCAGAUUAUGUUCCAUCACAACAAGAUAUUCUGCUUGCCAGAAGGCCCACCAAAGGCAUUCAUGAGUACGACUUUGAAAUUAAAAAUGUUCCUUUUAAAAUGGUUGAUGUAGGUGGUCAAAGAUCAGAAAGAAAACGUUGGUUUGAAUGCUUCGACAGUGUGACAUCAAUACUUUUCCUUGUUUCCUCAAGUGAAUUUGACCAGGUGCUUAUGGAAGACCGACUGACCAAUCGCCUUACAGAAUCUCUGAACAUUUUUGAAACAAUCGUCAAUAACCGGGUUUUCAGCAAUGUCUCCAUAAUUCUCUUCUUAAACAAGACAGAUUUGCUUGAGGAGAAAGUGCAAAUUGUGAGCAUCAAAGACUAUUUCUUAGAAUUUGAAGGGGAUCCCCACUGCUUAAGAGACGUCCAAAAAUUCCUGGUGGAGUGUUUCCGUAACAAACGCCGGGACCAGCAGCAGAAGCCCUUGUACCACCACUUCACCACUGCCAUCAACACGGAAAACAUCCGCCUGGUUUUCCGUGACGUGAAGGAUACCAUUCUUCAUGACAACCUCAAGCAGCUUAUGCUACAGUGAUGUACAAAAGACUUGCUGUUUUAAUACCUUUUUGUCUUUUUUAUUGUUUUCUGUUUGUUUUGUUUUUUAAAAUAGUUUACAGCAGGAAUUAGAAAAAUCUUGAUGCUGUGUUGAAGUUCUUGGAAAUCUUAGUCCUUCUUCUGUGGACUUUGGUUUGUGGCUGAAAGCUGCUGAAUAACAACACAUUGCCAAUAUCUGCUGGAGUUUAGGCUUUGAUCGGUUUUGCUAUGGCUUCCAUUAGAGUGGAGUUGUAAUUUCCUGCCAAACCUCAGUCGAGGUAUAGUUCAGGCUUUAACUCCUUCCACUUUUCAAACUGAAUUCUCCUGUAGUGCCAAGUAUAGCAGGUGUCCUUGAGUAUUUGUAGUAUGAGGUUAAGAAUAUUCAGUUCUAAAACAAAUAAGAUACCUUUUGUCUGCCUGACACAUAACUCAACACUCGUGCCUAGCUUUAUGGUGACCUAUUUUGAAAUGGCUGUUGGAAAAAAUUUUGAUCUUAGGAAUGACAUUCUAUAGACUCACCAGAUUUAGCCUUCAUGUAUUUUUCAUUACUUAUAUGCACAACAGUUGUUUUGUUUUAAAAUUUCUGUGGUUCCUAAAGGUAAUGUUUUUAGUGUUUUAAAGUUUACAUAAGGAUUUCUGGUUUGAUGCUAAUGGAAGUUCACAAAUGGUACGGGAGAGCAAAAGGCAUCAAGUGCCAUAUGUAAUGUUUUGGUCAAAGUUAUGAGUGAAAUGCAGUUUACCCUUUUUAUAUUUAAAUACCAUGUAAUAAAAGUGCCGGAUGUGAAACGUUCUGGCCAUGGCAGAAACUAAAAAUUGCAAGCAACUUGAUAACAGAACUUUCUAAAUAAACAUAACCUUUCCAGAUGUUAUGUGUUUUACUCUCAGAUUUUAAAUCCUGUUUCACAUGAUUUGGGGCCUUACUGUAGGAAACCAUUUUGUACCAUCACAAACAUCUUUCUUUUGCUCUCCUGUCUAUUCCCAUCAACUCAGAGAGUGGCAUUUUUGGGAUUUUUUGUUGUAGUUGUUCAUUUGGAGCUUGCAGUAUUUUUGUAUCAAACUAUUCAAGAAGGUAUUAUUUCAAAUUCCUACUCAUUCUUGGUAUGUCACUAAAAAAGCACAGUAUGUGCAUGUUUGUUUAUGAAAUUCCAGCUUUAUUGAAGUGCAUUUGGAAUGUUUUAAGGAUAUUCCUGAGAACAAGAGAUAAUUUUUUUAGUUCACACCAAAAUCUGAUUGCAUUUGACCUCCCUCCAUUUCUUACCAAAUGAAAACAUACCCACGCGGUAGCUUUUUGAUUCCAGAUACACUCACAGCAGACUCUUCAGAAUGGCUGGUUUGCAGUACUGAAAAUCCUGGCUUGCAGGGUAAGUGCAGUGUUGGAAUUGGAUUAGAGAAAAGAUGGACAAGGCUGGGGACAGUUUGGAAGUGGCAGCUUUUCUCCUUUUCCUGAAAAUUGUGAUUAAGAUGUGAUAUCCGUCACUUUACUGUAUAGCUGACUGGGUUCUCAGGUAUUUUCUUGGCUAGGAAGUUCUUGAAAGAUGGGUGAACAUUAUGAGUCACCCACCGUUAAGACAAUGGCUCUUGGUCUGUCUUGCUGUCUAGUAUGAGACUAGGGCUUUUCUCUGAGCUAACCAGGGAUUGUUCUUGCAUACCUGACUUUUCUUGCAUUUGCAGUUCGAUCCAUAGUCACUUCCAGUAUUUUCAUGCCUUGGUGAUACAUGACCUCCAGACCUGUCGCCCACAUGAUAAUGCAGGUGUCCAUGCAUGUUUAAACAUCUAGUGCUUCUUGCCAAAAAGAAUACGUUGUUUAAAGUCAUCGUUAGACUGGACUAUGUGGUGGAGAGUCUGUGUAAAUUUAGCUAAUGGUUUUAUGGAAUGGCCAAACCAUUCCAGCGAGGGGCUAAAGUGAAUUCCCUAUGUGAAGGAGACACGUGGCCUGUUUAUGUUAUAUUUAAGAUUUGUGACGUGAACCAGAAGUAUUGCCUGACAAAGCAGAAAUCACCAGUUUCCCCAUAUUGGCUACUACCAAGAAAUGUUGAAACACCAAACAGAUAUGGUUUUAUUUUGGGCAAUUGUGAUUUUCUUUCCUGAUGUGUGUGAUGUCUCAGAGUCAACCUUCUUUUAUGGUAAAAUCUAGAAUACACUUUGAGGCAGUAAAUUACUUAUAUUUAAUGGCAGGCUUGUUUAGACAUUCAGUAGAACUAUGAAGUUCAGUCUGAAUGCCUUAGUCCACUCCUUUUUAUAUACUGUAUUUUUAAACUGGAUGAAGGAGUCGUUAUACCUAUAUCAUGCAAACCAAAUCCUUUUGAAAUACCACUAUGUGAAGAUGGAGGUGACAUUUAGUGAACAAAAUUAAAAGGGUGCUCAUAGUUAUGCCAAUUCACCCCUAAUCUCUAAAAAAGUGAUUUAAAGUUUUUUCAUGUGUUAGAUUUUCUUAGACUUCAUGAUUAUUUGGAAUAGGAUGUGCCUAAUUUUCUUACAUUCUGUUCUUAAAUCUGAAUGUUUUCUCGUUUAAUUUUAAGAAAUGCUACAAAAUAUCCUCAUUGACCUUGAAGAACUUUGUAGUAUACAAAGUUGCCUUAUAUUAUAAAUCAAAGAACACCACAAAUUUGGGCCUUGAUUUUCAUAUAGGAAAAAGGUUUUGUCAAAUGUUUUCUGAAGAUCCAAAUAAUUCAAGGCGUGCCUCUGCUGCCUAAGUAUUAUUUUUAAUAACCUGAAUCAUUGCUUUCUGCCAAAUACUGUGUUAAGUUUAAAUCUUCAUUUCAAUCUUGUCUGGAAAGGGCACUGGAUGGCUGGAGCGCAGCCGCAAUCCGAGAAGGCAACGUGAGUGAAAAAGGGUCAUUCGUUUUUGCUUUGUUUUCUUUGACGUUUCAUUGGCAUGUAUUUUAUGAAGUGAGGAGCCUCUGGUGAAUCGCUCUAGUGAGGUUGUUUAGGGAAAUCCUUGUUCAGUUGGUGGCAGUGGUUGGCUUACAGUAGAAGGAAGUAAGAUGACCUUAGUACCAGAAGUGACUAGAAAUAUUAAUUUAGAUUUGACAGAAAUCAUAUGUCCUAUAAUUUUUUGUAAGAAGGAAUAAAUAAAUCUUAACUUCCAAUGUAUACCCAAAUACUUGUAUUUAUGCUUUUGAUGAAAUGUAUUUUCAGCAUUAAUACACAUAUCCAGUUAUGCCUUAUUUAGAUAAAGAAUAAAGUUACCAAGUUAAUGUUCUGAAACUCAAAUCACUGUUUGAGAAGCCCUCAAAUUGGUGCUUUCAUUAUAUAAUGAUACAUUUAGACAAAACCCCAAACCAAGCCAUUUGCAACAAGAUUCUCUCCAUUGCAAUUUGUAGCAAUGUUAUUUCUGUAUAUGUAAUGAGAAGGCAAAAUUAUCAGUGUUAACUCUUGUUUGGAUUCAUGGAAUCAUGCCUGUAAAGUUCAGUUCACUAUCUGUAACAAACUCCCUAAUAAAUCUAGAGAAAGUUACUCUGUUACCUUUUCAUUUCUUCUAGUUUUAUUUGAGGAAUCAGGACAGAAAUUUUGCACAUGUCUUUUUCAGUUGGAGAUCUACUUAGUGCUGAGCCACUUUAUCUCCUGUCGUAUCAACAGGUUAAGUUCCAUUAGUCACCGACAAUCUGGUCAUGUACUGCUUUACUAACAGAACUGAUUUAUUGUGGGGUUUAUUUUUUAAAUGAUAGGAUACAGAUUGGCUUUUUGUCCAGUAAACAUGAGGAAGGAAGGGAUUGUAUGAGAGUGGGUGUAUAUGUGUCUCCAUGUCCCAAAUAAUACAUACCCGUUAUUUUAUGGUACGAGGCUAGGGCUGAAGAAGUUUAUGCUAGAAAUGGAAGUAUAAGACUAAACCUGAGCAUUUUAAACAAGUUGGCUUUCAUGGCUCUUUCAUGGCUUUUCCAAGUACCACCACGUUGAUAUUAGCCUUAGGAUGGCAAGUGAUUCUUAACAUCGUAUGGAGUACAGUGUUUGUACCGCUAGCAUUCUUAUGUCUGUACUUGAAUGUAUAGUUAGCAUUGAAAUAAAUACGUUCAUUCUUAUUUCAUCCAGGUCUAACCAUCUGAUUUCAAAUGCCAGAGCUUAUAUGGACCAAAAAAAGCAUUAAUGAUAGGGCAUUGUUUUCUGGGUUAAGAGGUUUUGAGACAUACUCAAAUCUGUUGAUAAUGAUCAUUUCCAGAUGGAUCAAUGUAUGCUGACCCACUAUGCAUAAAUUUUCAAUCAGUGAAUAUCAUGAUAGAAAUAGACUACUUUCCUUGGGUUUGUAUUUUUAAAAGCUUAUAUGUUGCUUGCCAUAGUAAGUGAUGCAUUUGUCCUCAUUCACGCCUAUUUGAUGGUACGGGGGCGGGGGGAAUGUUAAUUCAUGGAAAGUAUAUGUAAAAAUGCAACAAACUAACAUUCCCCCUUUUUGUUUUACCUCUUAAAGCAGAAGUAGAAAAUGUUUUCACUGGCUUUUCUGUACAGUACUACUAUACGUGGGGAGAGCUCAUUUACCACAAGGAGCCUUAUCAAAAAGUGUAUUUUGUAACAACCUCAUAAUACUGUACCUAACCAAACAUGCUCUGUAUUAGCUCUGUAUAAAAGUACUUGUGGCUUAGGAUUUUUUAUACAUAUAUCUUUUUAUAACUUUCCAGGAACUAAGCACAUUAUCUGAUAUUGUAAAUUAUUUUCUGUCAGUGCUUUAGUUCAGGAUUGGCAAUAAAUUAUUUCUAAAAGAGGUCUGAAAGUGGCAAGAACAGUUGGAUUUUAUAAAAUGAGUUGCUAGUUAUUAAGGCUUUUUACUUUUGUACAUAUUUUGCAGAAUUUUUGCCUCUUGCUUUUAAUAUUUGCUUUGUAAAGAUUACUGACAUUUAAUAAACAUUUAUAAACUA